CCUCAAAAGUCAUCAUGACGCUGGUAGAGGGAGAAGAGCUACAAAGGCUUUGGACUUUGGUAUCAGAGCUAUCUUCACAAUUGAGUGCAAAUCAACAAUUAUGUCAAUCAUUACAAGCUCAAGCGGAUGAGUUGAAAGGGCAAGCAUUGCAUUCAGGAACAGGAUAUACCUUGAGAAGGUUCAACUUGGAUAUUUCCAAAGAGAAAUUUGAAUCAGAAUUGGAAAAAGUUAAUUCUCAACUAGUGAUGGAAAAUCAACAAUUAGCACAUGAAAACAAACAGAUCAGUAUCCUAUUACGCGAGUAUGAAUCUACUCUUGAAACGAUCAUGGCCAAAUUUCGAUCAUUCUCACAUGCUACACAACAACAUACCCUAGCCCUUACAUCGCAUUAUGAAACAUUGCUCUCAAAUAACGCCUAUGAGGUUGCCAACGCCGAUCUUCGUGCCAAUACUGCUUUCAGCGAACAUCUUUCACAUCUAGGCAGUCUUGUACGUUUGGCUUUACGUGACUUUGAAGGAGAAGCCAACGAAGAACACGAUGACGCUCAGACUCACGACGUCGAUCCAUUCGAAGCAGAAGGCUAUCGUGUCGGCUCGCCAUCGGGUGCAGGACCAAGCGGUCCAUCGCUUGCACUAGCCGGCGACACCGUUCAUUCGUCCUCCUCUUCAUCGCCUGCAUUACACAAAGUCAAUUCAAAGAAAGUCAAACAGCCUUAUGGAUCAGCUGCAGGAAGCAAUCCAAAGUGGCAUGGGACUGGUGGCUAUACUGGCUUCCAAGGUGAUCCAAAUGCAGAAGUUGCCAAUCAUGCUCUAGAGAAUCGAAUUGAAGAAGAACGUUUACGCGAAGAGAAUGAGAUGUUACGAAACUUACUUCGGAUAAGCACAGAUUUGACACCAGAAGUUGCUGAAAGGCUCGGUAUCGAAAUGCCACCACCGCCUACAGCAAGUUCAUCUUCCGGCUGGCCAGGAUCGGCGAAGUUGAGCCUUGGAAAACCACGGGGAAGUAGGAAAUCACUCGGAGAGACUUCCCUCAGUGCAAUAGCUCCAGCGGAGAAUUCUGCGGACGAAAAGCAUGACAGCAGUACCGAGCAACACGACGGGCUACGUCAAAUUUCCGAAGACGCUGGCGAUCAUGAGACAGCCAUAGAAGAUGAAGAACACAUCACAGAGUCUGACACGAUUUCUCCAUCGUCUACACAAACACAAAAGUCUGAUCUUGCACAUGGUCUCGAUCACGUCACGGAAGGUGCUGGAGCACCGCCUCAACUUUCCGACACAGCAGAUGGUUCUGAUAUUGGACUGUCGUCCCCUAGUGGUGGUAUUGUCAUCACACCAGACAAUCUAGAACAAGUCACCGAAGUGGAAGCUAGUGAGAAUGAUGAACAGUCCAUUUCCUCUACAGCUUUGGGACUUCAAAGUAUGACAGCCGCCACUGCAAAGAUGGAAACUUCUCCAGCCCAUGAUCUAGUCGAUGCUGGCACGUCGCAAACCGAAGAUCACAGUAGCGGUAGCGGUAGUAGCAGUAGCAGCAACAGUAGUAGUGAUGGCGAAAGUAACGAUAGUAACGAAACAACCUCAACGCAACAUGAAAGUCCGCAAAGUUCUCGCGCAGACAAGCUAUUGGACGAGACUGAACACAAGCUGAAAGAGGCAACUUUAGAUAGCAAAGAUGUUGAUGUCGUGUCCGAGUCAACACCAUCACAAGUGACCUCAAAGAACUCAUCUGAAGAGUAGCCUUUCCCCCUUAGCCAAUUCAUAGACAUGAUCACACUUCAUCAUUUGUAUACCACGCAAUGCAACAUCUUUAAUGAUUUACAAUAUACGAUUGAUCGCGAUGAUGAUGUCAAGUACAUUAAUGCAUAACUAUGCGAAAUUAAAACAGAGAUUAA